AUGCGCCGUUUCGCUGUUUGUCAAUCGCUAAUAAACAUCAAGAAGAAGAAGAAGGUAAAGCAGAAAACCUUUGAGCAGGAGGUUCUCGGUGGGCCAGUACCAGUAUCAGGAAGUCCACCUGUCAUGGAGGCAGUACCUGUAGCUCUGGCUGUCCCAACAGUUUCAGUGGUGCGACCCAUUAUAGGAACCAACACCUACAGACAGGUCCAACAGACAUUAGAAGCCAGAGCUGCAACUUUUGUUGGACCUCCACCACAAGCCUUUGUGGGACCAGGUAAAGACAAAUGCUCACAUGACAAGACUGAACAUGAUUGUGGGUUGGACUCUGUGUUGUCAGGUGGUCAGAGGCUACAGAUGAUGCGUGGUCCUCCAGUAGCACCUCCUUUGCCACGACCUCCUCCACCUCCACCCAUGAUGCUCCCUCCUUCCCUGCAGGGCCCAAUGCCUCAGGGACCUUCUCAGCCCAUCCAGCCCAUGGCUGCUCCACCUCAGGUUGGUGAUAUGGUUUCGAUGGUGUCAGGCCCACCUACACGACAAGUAGCCCCACUUCCUGUCAAACCAACACCGUCAAUCAUCCAGGCAGCACCAACUGUGUACGUUGCUCCUCCUGCCCAUGUUGGACUAAAAAGAAAUGAAGUUCACGCUCAGAGACAGGCCCGAAUGGAAGAACUGGCAGCGCGGGUGGCCGAGCAGCAGGCGGCAGUGAUGGCUGCAGGUCUGCUCAGCAAGAAGGAGAGCGAGGACAGCGGCGCGGUGAUUGGACCCAGUAUGCCGGAGCCUGAACCCCCCCAACCUGAGCAUGUGGAAACGACUACUGAGGACAAGAAAAAGGCAAAAUCGGAGAAGGUGAAGAAGUGUAUCCGCACAGCAGCAGGGACGACCUGGGAGGACCAGAGUCUGCUGGAAUGGGAAUCAGAUGACUUCCGUAUUUUCUGUGGUGAUCUUGGUAACGAGGUUAACGAUGACAUACUGGCCAGAGCCUUCAGCAGAUACCCAUCUUUCCUCAAAGCUAAGGUCGGGUCAUCUUUCUUUUCUCUCCUUCCCCUAACAAAAAGACGAGUUGGUAGCCGUCCCAUCAAACUGAGGAAGAGCAUGUGGAAGGACCGCAACAUUGAAGUGGUUCGCAAGAAACAAAAAGAGAAGAAGAAACUGGGCCUCAGAUAGUUUCCAGCAAGUGUGUGUGUUUGUGUGUGAGAUCAUGACCCGGUCCAUGGACCGGAUCCGCUCAUAACUUUUUGUUUUCCUUCUAAAAUAAAACCAAUAUUUUUAAGA